AUGUUUAAGUUUUAUUUUUUCUUCAACGUUGUGUGUAUAUAUCUGGCCAUCCGGAGUGCCCUAGGAGUUGAAAUAGCGGAUCCAAACGAGCAAAAGAUGUCUAGUUAUUUUUCCGCUAGUAACCAUGACGGGGAAGCGACAGGCAAACGUGCUACAGCCAUGUGGUUUGGACCUCGACUCGGAAAGCGUACAAUCCCUCUAGAAUUACAUGACGAAUUGGUAGACCAGGUUGAUAGCAAUGAAAUGUUUUAUGUCGGUGAGUCACCCUACCGCCUGGCGUCGGAAAUUGCUCAAGGAUCUCCGUACGUUGUGCUACUGGCGACAAGGCAACCUGUGAAGUCCCAACCGAUCUACUAUCCUGUCACGGCGCCCCGGCUGGGACGACGUGACACGGCCGUAAAUGAGAACCACUCGAGACCGCCGUUUGCUCCCCGGCUGGGACGCAAUCUACCGAUUUCACCCCGACUAGGUCGUUCCUUUAGUAGUGCGGACGGUUUCGGAUACUAA